CGCUCUUCCGGGUGGACUUCCACCAAACUCGCAUCGUCAUCCGGAAGCGGAGGGAUCAGAGAAGGGUGAGUUGAAGGCACGCGGCCUAACUACUUCCGGUUCGAGGGCUCUGAACGUGAAGGAAUCUCAUGUGACGGUACGUUUUAUCUCUAAAUCGGUUAUAAAACCCGCGCUGUCCAGUCUUGUAAUUAGCCGAAAAUGGAUCCGGUGAUCCACUUUUCUCUUUCUCUUUAUCUGGAUCCCCCUCCUCAUCCUCAUCCUCUUAAUGUUCUUCGAGUAGAAGGGGAUUAACGGAUUAUAACAAUGAUGAUAAUCAUUUUUGGAUCUACUCGACUAAGAUGAUGAGGAGGAUGAGUGAUGCUAAUUUUACACAGGAUUCAAUCCAUUUUAUCCGAGUGUUUCCGAGCUACAUCUUGUGUUAGACCGAACAAUUCCAAGUUCGUGCACAAAUAAGGUCUUUUAGCUCGCGCAAAAGAAAACAGGAAACGAAGAAGGAGGGGAUUCUAGAAACUGAGAAGGAGGAAGAAAGAGCAGGAUUCUAGGAAGCUGAGGGGAGGAAACUCAUUGAAAUAUACAGAUAAAAGAAGGAAAGUGGUGCAAAUUUUCGGAUUAUUCAGCUGAAUUGUAGUUUUAGUUAAGGAUAAUUUUGUAAAAACACCUUAAAAGACAGGUAGAAUCGAUCUAUCGUAUAAGGAAGUGCUCCUUUACCAUCAGACAAGCGUGCUCGGAGGUGAAGCUAGCUUUGGGGGCAAUCCUAGUAAAUAAUAGUACAGCUUACAGGAAAAUCCGGAUAUGGCGGAUUUAAAACGAAUAUAACGGGAUUAGGCACGUCUAAGAUGAUUGAAAGUCUGAUAAUUUAUAAGAAAAAUACUGGAUAGAAGCUUCAAAAAUAGAUAAUAAUUGUUGCUGUAUGUGGAGCGACGUCAGAAACCUCUUCCACUCCCAUCAAUCUCGUGCUGACUUAAGAGAAUUUCCCAAAAGACUCGCCAUCUGCAACGCAAUGGAUCGGUUCUUUGAACCGGAAGUCGGAAGUGGCGUCACGCUAAGACGUCGUCCAUUCGUUUAAAAGUAGAAGCCACGUCACCGAGAAGGUUCUCCGAAGGCACACUCGUUCCCGGGAUGAAGGUUGUCCAUUCGAGUGCUGCGAACCUCUACGUGCCGAGACGGAGGUGCAAAUUAGCUCCGAUCGGGACUCGAGAAGCACCAUGAGGUGCCUUAGGUGCUUUAUGAGGACUCGAGUGGUUUACGCUAGAAAAACUUGGGAUAAGGCUCAUCAGAACAUGCCGAGUCUUCACGACCCUCUGCCAAUGGUGCAAAAAUUAUUAGACGAAGAGCGGCAAGCAGUCAGGACUGCUCUUCAAGCUGUAGAUGAGCACACCAGACAGAAGAGAAAGGAACUAGUCGAGUCUCACCGCAAGUGGAUGAGAGAGAAUAAGCCCAAAGAAGACAAAACAACCAACACCAAACGUCCCAAAACGAAACAAGAUGCGAGUUGUAGAAGAAAGGUGGAAGAAUACGAACAUUAUCUCCAUUACACGGAGAAAAAGCGCUCCGUUUACCUCGACGUCAUUUGCGAGGAAGACGACGAGCAAAGUUCAAUAGAAAGUAAAAAAGAUAAAGUGCGCCUUUCGUCCAGGAACGACAAUUUCCUUCUUGUAGAUCGAGAGGCACCUUUACUCCCCCCCAUACACCCCACCUGGAAGCAGAGAAAUUACUUGGGUAAGGGUGACAGAGCGAAACUUAACAACUGGCAACACGUUGCCGACAAUUUCAUCGACAGCGAUGCCAGAAAGAGAGGGAGGCUGCGCAUCAAUGGAAAAAAUAACAAGACUCAGCUGCAUCUCAAUUACCAGAACGAUCUCAGCGAUAAAGGUAACGUGGAUCAGGAGUUAGGACUUCAGAAAAAGAGACAAUAUAUGGAUGGCCCUACAUACUGCAGCUCGAACAGUCGUUGGGUUUCCAACAUCCCUUCUUUAGCAUCGAGUCCAGACUGAUUUUCGUUCCAGAGACUCCAGCAUCUUCUAUUCAACGAUGGCUGAUGAUGCCGACUGGAAAAACAAUGGCUACCACUUGUGGUAAUGAGUUUUGCACUUCAGAAUUUCGAAUUUUGGAGGAGGAACGCCCCUUUGUACGUGCGAUUUUAUCCAUUUUUUUUAUUUCUUUCAUAACUAACGAUCCGCUGCGUGCAACGCUUCGGUUGCUCCAACCUAAUUUGCAUAUCGAUCCGUUUCGCUUAUCUGAAUUUAUUUAUUGUUAUUUUUUUAAAUUAAUGGCACUGUGGCUUAGUGUAUUUGCUGUACUUAUAAAUGUAUGCGGAUGUGAAAAAAUGGCAGCUAAAAUAAUCCAAUUUUGUACAUAUUUAUGACCAUUAUCAUCCGAAAAUUAAUGUAGAGAUCUUCGUGAAAUACCAUUUCGCUCUUACAUAUUGCUCAUUGUAUUGAGAUUCUGGAGGGAUAUUCACCUCUUCCUAUUGUAGUUCUAAUCAUUAGAUUUCAUAUAGCUCUAAAUAAUUUCGGGCAUUUCGCAUCUUCUUAGCUUACAACUUCAUCUUCAUCUUACUUCAGAAGCGAAGAUGCUGCUCCCUUCUAGCAUCUUAUUACUACAGCGGGUCUCGAUAUAACGUUUCAUUACUAUCACCAGAAGCGCUAAAUCGAGGAUUCUAUAAGUUGCAACUCCUGUCAGAAAAGCGAAAUGUUAUUUUCUAGUUGCUGAUUUUUCAU